GCGCUCAUGCUGCAGGACGGCACAAGGGCUCCGUGUACGUGGAUGGUGUGAUUGUGGGGGGCCCGGAGACGAUACCAACACUUGAGACGCAGGGGUUUGAAAUCCCACAAUUCUACGUUGGGAGCGACGAGGGAGGCAGCGGCAGCGAUGUGACGGUGACGAACGUCUUUCUGUACGACCGCCCACUGAGUGUCGAUGAACUAAAACUGGUCAGGAAAAGCGACGCCAAAAAAGGCAAAGGUGACGGCUCCAUGCGUGGGGGCGUGUCUCGGGUGCUGCUGCUGCUGCUGCUGCUGCUGGGGCUGUGCGGCUUUUCGGCCCUUUACGGGGCGUAA